AUGGCCUCUACCACCACCGAGCCUCCUCAAUGGAGUGCUCAGAAGGUCAGAGAUGCUUUCCUGAAUUACUUUAAAGCACGAGAGCAUACGUUUGUCAAGUCCUCCCCAGUCGUGCCACUGUCAGAUCCAACUCUUCUCUUCACCAAUGCUGGCAUGAACCAGUUCAAACCUAUCUUCCUAGGUACCGUCGACCCCUCUUCCAAAGAAGGUCAAUACAAACGAGCCGUCAAUACUCAGAAAUGUAUACGAGCUGGAGGCAAGCACAACGAUCUGGACGAUGUCGGUAAAGACAGCUAUCACCAUACUUUCUUUGAGAUGUUGGGUAAUUGGUCGUUCGGAGACUACUUCAAGAAAGAGGCUAUACAAUGGUCCUGGGAGCUGCUUACGAAAGAGUUCGGUCUCGAUCCUGAUCGCCUCUACGUAACCUACUUCGAGGGCAGCGAGGCAGGCGGGCUCGAGCCAGACCUUGAGGCGAAAGAGAUAUGGAAGUCUGUAGGUGUGCCGGAAGAUCACAUCCUACCAGGUAACAUGAAGGAUAACUUCUGGGAGAUGGGUGAUCAAGGUCCAUGCGGUCCAUGUUCAGAAAUUCACUACGACAGAAUAGGUGGUAGAAAUGCUGCUCAUCUAGUCAACCAGGAUGAUCCUAUGGUCAUCGAGGUAUGGAACAACGUGUUUAUCCAGUAUAAUAGAGAACCAGAUAAGAGCCUGAGAUCACUCCCUGCUAAGCACGUCGAUACCGGUAUGGGCUUCGAAAGACUCGUUUCGAUAUUGCAAGACAAAUAUUCAAACUACGACACGGACGUAUUUACGCCGCUCUUCGCACGCAUACAGGAAAUUACUGGUACUCGACCUUACACUGGCAAAUUCGGAGCUGAGGACGAAGACGGUGUUGAUACUGCCUAUCGUGUCAUCGCCGAUCAUGUCAGAACCCUCACCUUUGCCAUCAGCGAUGGUGGUAUUCCAAACAAUGAGGGAAGAGGUUACGUUGUGCGCCGAGUGUUAAGAAGAGGUGCCCGAUAUGCCAGGAAAUACAUGAAGGUCGAAAUAGGCGAUUUCUUCUCCAAGAUUGUGCCUACUUUGGUCGACCAGAUGGGUGGCAUGUUCCCCGAGAUCGUUCGCAAGCAGGAAGAAGUCAAGGAGAUUCUGAAUGAGGAGGAACUUUCGUUUGCCAAGACGUUAGAUCGAGGCGAGAAGCAAUUCGAAGAUUAUGCUGGAAAAGUCAACUCCUCAGACAAGAAACUGCAUGGGGCGGAUGUCUGGCGGUUAUACGACACCUUCGGUUUCCCUGUUGAUUUGACGAGAUUAAUGGCUGAGGAAAGAGGUCUGACUAUCGAUGACAACGAAUUCGAAGAAGCACGACUAAAAGCCAAAGAAGCAAGCAAAGGCGAGAAGAAGGCUGCUGCUGAUCUGGUAAAGCUUGAUGUACACAACCUGAGCGAGCUCGAGGUGAUGCCAGGAGUGACAAAGACGGACGAUCACUACAAAUAUGGCCGAGAGAAUGUGUCGGACGCGAAGAUACAAGCUAUUUUUCAUGCGAAGAAAUUUUACGAAGACACAAAAGACAUUCCAGAUGGCGAUCAGAUAGGUAUCAUCGUGGACAAGACAUGCUUAUAUGCUGAACAAGGUGGUCAAGAAAACGACACUGGUCGAAUCGUUAUCGACGGCGUUGCCGAGAUGGCAGUUGAAAACGUUCAACUAUACGCAGGAUAUGUCUUACAUACAGGUUAUAUGAAGUACGGUCGCUUCACACGAGGCGACGUUGUAACGACAGAAUACGAAGAGGAUCGAAGAGGCCCAAUACGAAGCAAUCACACUGGCACUCACGUUCUCAACUUCGCGCUCAGAGAAGUAUUAGGAGAUGGUGUCGAUCAGAAAGGAUCAUUAGUUGCACAAGAAAAGCUGCGAUUCGAUUUCAGCCACAAACAAGCAGUGACUGACACCGAACUUGCUACUAUUGAAGAGCUGUCGACUGAGUACAUACGGCAGAAUAGCACCGUAUACGCCCAAGACGUACCGCUAUCUAUCGCACGAGAAAUUGAAGGACUACGUGCGGUGUUUGGCGAAACAUACCCUGAUCCUGUCCGCGUCGUAUCUGUUGGUGUCGAGGUAGACGAUAUCUUGAAGAACGUUAAGGACCCGGCCUGGCGAAAGGUCAGCAUUGAGUUCUGUGGUGGUACUCAUGUCAAGACAACUGCAGACAUCAAAGAUCUAGUCAUAUUAGAAGAGAGUGGCAUUGCCAAAGGUAUUCGCAGAAUGAUCGCAGUGACUGGCAAUGAUGCACAUGAAGUGCAAAGAGUUGCUGACGAAUUCAGCGAGCGAUUGGACCGUCUCGAGAAGAUGCCAUACAGCCCAGAUAAAGAGCAGCAGUCAAAGACCAUCAAUGUCGAACUCAAUAACCUUGUAAUCUCCGCCAUUCGAAAGACAAAAUUACGCAAGCAGAUGGAGAAGAUCAUAAGAGAAAAUCUCGACCAUCAGAAAAAGAAGCAGAACGAGGAAAAGAAGAAGGGCCUCGAUGUAUUGGAUUCGUACUUGGCCGAACAGAAAAACGCCACGGGUGGUGUCGUCCGACUGCCUCUAGGAGGUGGUUCUAAAGCAUUCAACGAAGUGUUGAAGGAGAUUAGCAAAAAGCAGAAAGAUAAGACUCUGUACAUCUUUGCUUCUGAGGACGAUGGAAGUGGUAGGGUGCAGCACGCGUGUGUCGUUGGUCCUGAUGGAGCGAAGGCCGGUAUUAAUGCGAAGGACUGGUCAGACUCGGUGAUUGGCAUCGUCGGUGGUAAGGCUGGUGUCAAAGGUACGACUGCACAAGGUAAUGGGACUGAGAUCACCAAGGUCGACGAGGCACUGAAAGCUGCUACCGAAUAUCUAGAGAAGUUCAAAAUAUGA